UGGACCGAUGCGCCUUGCUCGUUCGCCUCUCAAGGACCAGCGAUAGUAGAGCACACGCAGAACGUGGGGCUGUCAAAGAUUAGAUCCCGUGCUGGUGUGUGUGAGCUUCACUGCCGGGCUGUAGAAGGAAACCUCCCCGCGCGAAGCCAAUGCUGCUGCUGAUCCCGUCUUGGCAAUCGCUGUCCACCGGCAGUAGUGCUGAAACAGAAGCAUCGAUCUUUCCUCCGGUGACGUGGUCGUAAGCGUGAGUGGGGGCUCAGUUUAACAGGCUAGAGGGGCACAAAUCACUACUGGGAUGGAAAUUAAGCCGCUAAAAGUGUAAAUUAUAAGAAUAUAGAAAAAAGCAGAACUAUAUAUUCAAGCAAAGCACAAGAAUCAAGUGGCAGGACUUUUCUCCGGCCUCAGAGCAAGCACGUCGAUCUUCUUGCAGGACUCACCGGGAAUCCUUUAGGGAAAGAGGAAGAGAGAAAGGGACUACAAGUCGAUGAGGUAAAUGUUGAAGACACUGUCAAGAUGUUGCCCAAAUCGAGAAGAGCGCUCACCAUUCAAGAGAUUGCAGCACUGGCACGGUCAUCACUACACGGUAUCUCCCAGGUUGUGAAGGACCAUGUGACCAAGCCCACCGCCAUGGCGCAGGGUCGCGUGGCCCACCUGAUCGAGUGGAAGGGCUGGUGCAAGCCCACCGACUCGCCCGCCGCCCUGGAGUCCGACUUCAACUCGUACUCCGACCUCAGCGAGGGAGAGCAGGAGGCCCGCUUCGCCGCAGGUGUGGCCGAGCAGUUCGCCAUCGCGGAGGCCAAGCUGCGAGCGUGGUCAUCCGUGGAUGGCGACGACUCCAAUGAUGACUCCUACGAUGAGGAUUUCCCCCCGGCGAACGAGCCCCCCCAACCCACCCAAAGCACAGACACGAUGGCCUACCCCCAUUACCUGCGGGACCUCCUGCACAGCCACGUGUGCCAGCGCGGGCCCCGGGGCCCCUGCGAGGCGGACGGCAGCCCGGACCCCUGGCCGGCGGGCGGCUCCCCCGACACCCUGCGCUCCAGCCUGUGCAGCCUGGAGGACCACCCGCUGCUGCGGGACCUGGGCUGCCCCCCCGCCACCCCCGCGGACCUGGCCGCCAAGAUCCUGGGCGCCCUGGCGGGGGGCGAGGAGCUGCUGGCUCGGCUGCAGAGGGCCGGCGGGGACUGCGCCUUCCGCAGCCUGGGGCCCGGGGGAGACGACUCCUCCUUCUCCGUGUCCUACUCCGAGUCCUUCCUGUCCCCGGCCGAGGAGGACGACCUGCCCUGCAAGGACUACGACAGCGUCUGCCGGGACCUCCCGCCGGGCUACGCCGGCCGCAGGAAGGUCUCCGACGUGGCCUCCUCCGGGGUGGUGUCUCUGGACGACGAAGACGAGGAGGAGGAGGAGGAGGAGGAGGAUGAAGGACAGAGGAGGCAGAGGCAGGGGCAGUGACUUCCCCUCCCUCAGGGUUUAUUUCAGUUGUUUUUUAUUGUUCCCUGCAUCACCCUCACAUCCCCCUAAACCUACCUACUCCUCUACCUCUAAAGGUUCCCCGUUUAAACUUUUUUGGCAUGUUCCUUUGAUCUUUGCCCAUUCUAUCUCCUCUUUCCUCUCCCUCUUACGCUCUGUUUGCCUCCCUUAUCCCCCCCGCCUCCCCGCUCUUCCCCUCCCCUUCUCCUGCUUGGUUGCGAUGUAUUUAUAUAUUUUUGUGUUGCGGCGUCCAAACAAUCGUUGUGUCAGCAGUGGGAGGGAUGGACUGCAGCCUCUGUGUUUGGCACAAACCGGUCGCCUGUGGGUUUGGUCAAACGGCUUAACGGCACACAGAGGAGAAAAAAAAGGGACAAAAACUGAUGGACAAGAAUGAUUUUAAAAAGCUGAAACUAUCUUUUGCAUGUAUUGCAAGUGCUGGAAUGAACAUGCGGGCUGAUGUGGUCUUGAGCACAGUUUGUAUUUCCCGCUGUUAUGAAACCCCAUCCUCCCUGUCCUCCCCCCCCCCCCCCCCCCCCGCCCCCUUGGUCCUCCUCCCAUGCUGCCGCCCCCUCCAACUGACCAAAUUGUCUUCAAUGGAAAUCCAAACAAGGCAUCCUAACCCCUUCCCUGCCUGAUAGACUACAGCUCCUGAAAUGGCAUGGCUUGCUGAGUAUGCCAAUCUAUUAACCUGUCACUACAAAUUAUAAGCAAAUGCUGGAAUGUUCUUAAACUGACAAGAUUAUGUCUUUUAAAAAAAUAUAUUUCUCACAGACUAAUGAAAUAAGGGUAUGCUUUUCUUGUACUAGUUUUCUAUCAUUCAACAUGAUGUUAUGAUAAUUAUUAUGAUUCUGAUCAUGAGAACAUAUACCUGAGGGGUUGAGGGGAGAUGGUUUUUUGUCCUGAAUUUCUCUGAGUAAGAACUCCCACGGCUGUCUUAAAAAACAGAAUGUUCUUGAAGUCACCUUUCAGUGCUAGAAGUGCAAGGUUUGGUUAAAAAACUAGGAAAAUUUACAAAAAACAGAAAUACUAGAUUUCAGCGAUGCAGUGGAGAAGAGGUGAAUUGUGUCUCAGAUUUUCUAUAUUUUUGUAUGCGUUGUCAUGCUUUGAUCUCCUUGACUGUGCGGCGUGGCUGUGUCCGUGAUUUGCACGAAGCUAAUGUGGCCGUAGGUUUCUCAUCUCUCUGUUAUCACUGUGUGAUAUGGUCUAAUGGAAAAAAAACAAAUGGAAAAAAAAUCUGAAUUUUUUAAAGAGAAUACUGUGAUAUUGUUUGUUAUUUUCUCUGACGUGUCCUUUUCUGCAAGCAUUUCUAUUUCUUUCUAAAUUACUUUCUGUUGUUUUUCUCCUUACAAAAUGUUACACUUUCUUACUGCUCUGCUCCCAUAUCACAGUUUCUUGAUCCUUUCGUCCACUUGUUUUUUUUGUAUUUCGUUCAGUCUCUCUGAGAGUUCUGUCUCCCUCUCUAUCUCGCUGUUUUUUGAAGUCUCUUUUUACUACAGUGGGAACAAAAGGCUGACAUACAAGUUUUAAAAGAAAAGUUGCAACCUCAGUGGAUGUUGAACUUAUAGCAUAGCAAAAACAUAAAAUCACACACUCAGUCAGAUUUUCUCCACUGUGUCCUUUAGGACAAAUGUUGCUUUUGGUUAAAUUAUGAGACUGUCAACCAUGAAACUCAGGAAAUACCACCUACAACAGAGUUCUUGGCCUGCAAUUAAAUCCUCACUGCUAACCUGGAAGGCUUCAAUUCUGUAAGCAGUACUAAUUUGUAUAGAUGCCGAUUGCUAUGUGAAUGGUUGGGCCUGUGGACUCAAAUGACGAUGAUGAUCCUAUCUGUCUAGGAUUUGAAUACCAACUUUAACGGUUUCUAAACAUUUGACAGGCCUCAGACCACAAAGUUUGAAUAACAAUACAAUAGCUCUGUUCCCUUUAAAAAUAAUGCUAUCUGUUGUGUGGUUAUGGCGAAUUAGCAUCGCACACAGCUAUGGAUUGCACAGUAUUUUUUGCUGGCGUGCUAUGAACCAAUCAAGAUCCUGGAAUAUCAGCAUGCCAAGUUGUGUGUAUUAGACCUGAGGACGCCUCAAAAGGGCUACAGGACUCAUUUCUCCUUGGGAAAUGGUAAAGACUACAGUCAUGACCAGGAAAGCAACUUUGGAUUCUCUGUUGGUUUUAUUUCAAUAUUUUGCCUUAGAUAUGCAAAGUGCAAAUAUAGCAUGGCUCAUUACACAGAUAAACAGCACCACAAUAUAGCAAGCACAUUGACCAGCCUGGCUGACCUUUUAUUUUAAUUACACAGACUACAUUCCUGUUCAACCGUGUUUAUAAUCUGCAUUUGACAUUCUGCUGGGCAUUACGAGGGCACUGCUGCCCUGUGCAGACUGCUCUCUGACUCUCCUGUGCAGCCCAACCCCUGGUCCGCUGGUCACAUGACAGCUGAUCUCCAUGUGAUGUCGAGGAUAGGUAUAUAGAUUUUGUAAUGCAUAUAAAAUACAUAUUUUUUUAGGCAGGAGUAGUGGAAAGUGUGGUCGUUGGCCUUGGGUGGGCCUUGCAGAGAGAGUCGGUCUAACUCAGGUGCACUUCAAAUGAUGUGCCUUCAUCCCCCUCUUUCCCCUUUCUCAUGUCCCACAUCCAUCCUUCUCAACAUGCCACAUUAGCCAGGUCUAGAUAGUUUUGUUUGUUUUUUGAGGCGAUUUUGGUAAUUCAUUGAAAAUGUCUCCAUAGAGUUCAGCUCCAGCAGUUUCCUUCAUUUAUUUUAAUGCUGAAUGCUGUUCCACAUACUGAACUAUUCCGUUCAGUGCGGCUGUGUUUGAGGGUGACGAUGUUUGUGCUACAGUAAAUGUUUUGGGUAGCAGGGUGUGAGGGUGGAAAUGUUUAUUGCCAGUCAGGCCUAAAGGAGAAUGUAUUUGACAGUGUUUCAGGGCAGUACAGGGGACUGUCAGUGCACCUGUCUGUCAGUGUUUGUUUAUGAAUUGCAUCUAUGUCCUGUCCAUAUUAAGCACCUUGCUGUAGGACUUUCACAGUCAAGGCCAGACACGAGUGCUGCUGCAACCUUGCUCUUGGGAGCUCCGGGGAACAGAGAGCCUCUGAGCUAUUACAUAACAGACGGACGGCUGAGCACUACCUCUGCUGUCAAGCAAUUAGCUGUGAUUAUGAGAUCCACUGGCAACAGGGAAUCAUGAAUCACACAGCUAAAGAGAGCUCUGUCUCAAGCUGUCUUUGUUUCCCCGUUCCCUUUACAAGCGCCCCUUCUUUCUGUCUCUCUCUCUCGCUGGCUUGCUCGAUCCCUCUUUCUAAAAUGUAAACCAAAUGCUUAUUGGUUUCUUGGCACCACACUGAGGUCCUAUGGCGGAUCAGUGCCCCAAGUAUUUAAUGACAUUGGGCAGAGAUUUUGCAGGCGGUUCCUAACUUCCUGCCUCUGUGCAUAUGCCUGUGUCUUGGGGAAUCUUUCUUGUGCUAGAGAUUUUGCAUAUCCAUGAGGGAGGGGGUGAAAAACUAUCACACACAGCAACUGUCCCCACUCUACCUUAUAAUUUCUUUUGCAAAGCAGGGAAUUUUGUUACUAGCCUCCUACUGCCUUUUUGCGCAUUAUCGUUACACAGCCGAGCAAAAUCAGCCUGACAGAGUGCAUUUAUAGAUAUGCAUUGUUUUCACAGAUUCACAGAGUGUCAUGUUUAACUUACAUUAGCCUUUGUCGGUGCCGGAGUCUUUAAUUAAAAUAUCCCAUCAACCUCUGAGAAAGAGCUAAACAGGGAAGUGUUCCCCAGCAGGUUCCGACUUGCCUCUCACACAGCAGUUUGAAUACGGAGUCCUCUCACUCUGAAGGAGGUGCCAGACUCCUGCAGGCUCAGGGCCCCACAAGCCUCAUCACACAAAACAUACGCAAGCAUUUAAUCUGCAUUUUCCUACACCUAUUGCUGUUUGAAAAUGUAUUUCAGUCACCCUGUUGGUAUAGCUGCCCUCUUGUUUGUGUAAUUGUGGGUAGGGGGCUAGCACUAUUUCAAUUGUCUCUCAUUUUCAUUGGAGCCUCAGUGUUCCUGCUUGUUGUCGUGGCUGAUUUUGGAAGCCGUUUUCAGAUUCUUGGCUGGCCAGAUAACAAGUCACAUGAUCUAGGGUCUUGUUCCCUCUCUGCCCAAGGCAAGUCAAAUGUACAUACUUGCUCCCUCAUUAAAAUGUCUGUCAAAACAUACACAAACACACUUAAAUGUGGUUAUAGUCCUAGGUACUAAUCCUGGAGCAGUAACCACCUCUCACACAGACUACAGGGGUUAUGAUUCACAGCAUCUAAGUUGAUUCUGCAUCUUUGGUUUGUGACCAGAAAGAAAAGAGAAUACAGAGAAUCCAAUCUUACUUUCCUUUCCACAGAUACUCUUUCUGCUCAGGAAAGGAAAAACUGUAGUCUGAAUUGUUCUGCAGGGUUCAUUGUGGGUUCCAUCCACAACAGACUGCCCUGAAUCCUCAUUCUUUCCCAUUGUCCUGGCCCAAGAGGGGCAUGUCCAGGUGUGCACAGAGUAACAGCAGGAGGCAGUCUCUGCAAGAGGUCAACUGUAGAAUGAUUUCCUUCUGAGUGGAAAAAGAGCACCUUGUUGAUUGAUUUCAGUUGAGAAAAUGGGUUUUCAGGACAAUGUUGAAAUACUAGUCUGCUUGAAUGAGCAAUGCAUCUUGAAAUGUGCAUGGUGACUUUGGCUGUUUGUUUUAGUUGACAGUUGAAUGUGCAUGCAAGGGAGGUAUGUGACAGUAGGGGUUAUUAGG